AUGCCGCCGAAAAAGAACAAACCGAUUAAACAGAAACAAUACCUCAACAAUGUAGAUCUACCACUAUCCAAAACGGGAGCUAAAGUGCUGAAAGCCACAAAUGAAAAUGUUCAUCCGCAACCGCCAACCGUCGUAAAAUCGAUCCUGAAACCAACGCCAGCUCCUCAGCAAUUGUCCGCGGCAACUGGAACGGGAACCAAAACCGACAAUAAGUACAAACAACCGGAACUUCACUCGACGUUGGCCGUGCGGAAACAAAUAGAGAUGGUGAAGCAGCAAGCACACAAAGCUCAGCAGCACGCCAUCACCAGCAUCGGGGAGCUCACUCCGCGAUCCCAAAAGUUAAUAAAAUCUCAGAUCACUAAAAAGCUGAACUACCAGUUCGAUCACGCUGCGUUCAAGGAACUGGAAUCGGUUAAUGUGAACGAUUCGGUACUGCAACCGGCUCCCCGUUCAGCGGCGAAGGCGCGAUUUAAGUUCCAGGGAAAAAAGGAUCCCGAACCGUUGCUGAGCGAUUACUUGAACCCGAUCCCGCCACUCUACGAAAUGCAACCCUAUGUACCACCGCAAAUAGCGCCUCGUAAUAUAGCCAUCAGCGGAUGGAACAAUUUCGAUAACAUUAUGCGAGUUUUCAAACGGAUUGAUCCCAUUGACUAACUGCACGGCGUGUUGUGCGAAUAAAAUGAACCUCGAGUCGUCGAGAAUGAAAAGUCCAGCAAAGUGUAGAACGAAUGUAACGCAUACUGAGCAUUUAUUGAAUUUCAUGGUUUGUAUGCCUGUUUAUGCAUUUCUGUAAAGGGAAAAGAUUCAUCUAGUACAAUGUUUUCAAGGUGACAUCUAUUUUUCCUCAAGUGCACUACCAUUAAAUGCUGAAUUCCGUGUUUUUGUUUUAAUGUUAUUCAAAUAUAAAUUUUGUUCCACGAUUUGC